CCUAAUAAUUUUUAGGUUAUAUCACGAUUUGAAAUACAUUUUACAAUUAAAAAAUGUAUUAUUAAUAUAAAAUUUUAUUUUUAAAUAAUUCUUUAUUUCCAUUCAGCAGAAUCUAUAAUUCUCCUAUUGUUUAAUAUUUAUGCAAUAAAAAUGAAUUUUAUUCGACAAAAAUUAUUUUCUAAUGUUUCAAAUAUAAUGGGGACAUUUUCAGAACAAGUCAGAACAAUGGCAUCGUUAUAUCAAAUGCAUCGGACAGGACCCCAUAAAAAAUUUCGCCCACCAAGACAACCAUUAGAUGGUAAACCAUUUGCAAAAGGUGUUGUUUUAAAAACAUUAAUAAAAAAGCCAAAGAAACCAAAUAGUGCAAAUCGUAAAUGUGUAUUAGUGCGUUUAUCAACUGGAAAAGAAAUGGUUGCGUAUGUCCCAGGCAUUGGACAUAAUUUACAAGAACAUAAUAUUGUGUUAUGCCGAGUGGGACGUUUGCAAGAUUGUCCUGGUGUUAAAAUUAAAUGUGUUCGUGGAAAAUAUGAUUUACCUCAUGUUAUUAAACCAACUAAAUAAAUGUUUUAUUUAAUUUUGGAAAAUAUCACCAAAAAUAUUGAAGUCUACUUUGUUUUCUGUGGAUAGAGAAGUAUAAAUGCAUCUUGUUUUUUAAGAUUU